GCGGCCGCCAUCGUCCAGCCCACGCCACCGAACCAGCCAGCCUCCGCCGUCGCCCAAGAAGCAGGAUGACGAAGAGCCGCAGUGAGGCCGUGAAGAAGCACUUCACGGAAGUGGGGGACAGCGGCAGAGCCGACAAGGGUAACAAACAGCGGAUCUGCAAUUAUUGUGACAAGCCUGUGGCCGGGACAGCGAGCAGGGCAAGGGACCAUUUCUUGAAGGGUUCGCGAUGCGAUGUCAAGCGCCUGCGAGGUGUUGUGCCAAGAGAAAAGUACUCGAGGAGGGUGAAGGGGAGAUUGGCUGCGAGGUCGGAGUUGGGAGCCGUUACGGGAGAGACUGCCGAGGGGGGGUCAUCGGAGGACGACAACGAGCAGCGGGCUGUUGAAGGCGGAGUGGUCGAUCGAUCGGAGUCUGCGGCGGGGCUCCGUCAUGCGACUCCCCAGUCGUCCACAGGUGUGGUCGGCCUCCGUCAAACAACGAUGGAGGACAGUGCUGCCGUUAUCACGGCGCACGAGCAAACACAGCGCACAGUGGAUGACUGGAUGACGGCAGAAUGCAUCCCAUUCAAUAUGAUGCGGAGCGAGUACUGGGACAAAAUGGUGCAUGCACUCAUGAAUGCGCCCAAAGGAUUCCGGUACGCGAAAUUCGAGACUGCAAGGACAAAGAGGGUUGAAGUGACGAGGGGGAGGGUCACGAUGAGGGUGGAGGAGCUGCGGCGGGAGUGGCCAACCACUGGCUGCAUGUUGCAGCUUGAUGGUUGGACAGAUCGCCAACAAAGACCACACAUCAAUGUGAUGGUCUCCUUCCCGAAGGGCUCUAUCUUCUGGCGAAGUGUGUGCAUGUCAGGGCGCAACAAAGGCGCCUCGACAUACUAUGGCAUUCUGAAGAGGGCAAUAGAGGAGAUAGGUGCGGAGGCAGUGGUGGGGGUCGUUAUGGACAAUGCUGCCGUUUGUGCAGCUGCGGGGCGAAUGGUGGAAGCGGAUCACCCGCACAUCUUCUCGGUCCCAUGCACAGCUCACUCGCUCGACCUCAUUUUUGAGUCUUUCGCGAAGAUCACGUGGGUGGGCGAAGUUAUUAAAAGGGCGUCGGAGGUAGCAAAGUUCUUCACAAAUCUUUCGCGGGUGCGGGAUCUCCUCCUCCACUACUCCAAUGGCAACGUCGUGGCAAAACCGGGUGCGACCCAGUUUGCCACGAACUUCAUCAUGCUGUCGAGCCUGCAGGGGUUGUACUUGCCGCUGCGAGAGUGUUUGACGGACGAUGAUUGGAAGCCAGCGAUUGUGCACACUUCGCAACACGAACUGUUUGUGAGGGUGACACAUGCCAUCUUCGACGACACCUUCUGGGCAGAUAUCGAGAAGGUGAUGCAAACGUCUGAGAACCUCCUCAAUCUUCUGAAGAAGGUCGACGGCGCGGGCCCCACCAUCAGCAAGGUGACGAGGAAGUUGAGGAUGCGGGAAGGUGGAGAUUUGGAAGGGGUUGGUGCACCCACACGUGCGACAAGAAAGCGGGGACGACCACGGAAGGCGCCCGUGGAAGAGGAGGAGGCUGGAAAUGGAAGGGGGACACGGAAGCGGGGACGUUUGCAGGUGCAGCCCGCCGAAGAGGAGGAGGCUGGAAAUGGAAGGGGGACACGGAAGCGGGGACAUUUGCAGGUGCAGCCCGCCGAAGAGGAGGAGGAAGCAGCGCUUGAAAAUAUGAGCAGCGUUGACAAACAUGGCAGCAGCGACGGAAGCAGCAGCAGCGACGAAAGCGGGGCUGAGCAUAAUGAAAAUGACGGGAGAGACGGCAACGUAGGUGCGCGUGAUGGCAGCGACAACAGCGAUGAAAGUGGAGGUGGCCGUGGCAGCAGUGAUGGUGACGAGAAAGAUGGGAGCUCGUCAGAGGAAGAGGACGACUCCGAAUGCGAAGGCCAGUAGGGAGAUGGGAGUUAGUCGGAGGCAGAGGACGACUCCGACUUACAACGCAGUCAGACAUCGC